AUGGGAGAGCAUCAAAGGCCUGACUGGAAAUGUCUCAUGUUCAAGAAUACAGCAAGACCAAAAGCUUAUUUCACUAUAUGGCUCAUGUUUAACAAGAAGUUAGCAACAGUGGACAGGCUAGCUAAAUGGGGAGUGGAAUCAAAUAAAACGUGUGUCCUAUAUAAGAAUGCAGAUGAGACUAUAGAGCACAUGAUCAUACAACGCCAAUUUGCAAGAAAAUUGUGGGAAAGGCUGUUUACAUGGAUCCAUCGUCAUAAUGACAUUCUAAGAACACGGGGACAGUUUAUACAAUGGGGCAAUAAACAUGGAAAGGGGAAGACUACAACCACCCAAAUAUUCAAGAUUAUUUUGGUUGAAGGGGUCUAUGGGGUGUGGAUUGAGCAAAAUAUCAGAAUUUUUGAGAAAAAGAGCAAAACGGAGGAAAAUGUAGCUAAAGAGAUAGCCUAUGUGACUAUUUCUAGAGCUCCAACUAGCAUUAAAGAUGUUAUGGAAUUUAAACUCUAA